AUGAAUCACAACACCAACAUCCACUUUGGGAACCGGACACUGAUCCCACACGAUCUCCACGGCCGGAGUUACCAAGACCCAGCCGUAAGCAUCGUGCCACAUCCGUUCCCUCCCAACCGCGCUCAUCCGACGUUUGAAGGACCUAGCCGAGACGAGCAUCAUUACCAUCAUCAUCAAAACCGACCUCCGGUUUAUCAUCAACCACCUAGACCAGUGUUGCAUUCACACCACGACCAUGUUCUCAAUAGGCGGAGAGAUAGCCAUUUCGAUGCCGUGCUUGAGGGUUUCAUGGAGAGCCAAAGAAGAACUAGCCGCGACAUUGAGACAAAGCUAGAGUUCACGCGAUACGAACUAGAUGGAAGACUUGGAGAACUCUCUACCCAAAUAGAGAGAGUAGAGUCAAGAUGCUUGGACAUGGAGGAAGAUUUGAAGAAGCAAGGCGAGGCCAUUGAAGACAAUAGGAGAGCGAUACACUUUACCAAAGUUUCUACCAAGGAGAUGGAUAAUCACUUAGAUGAGAAGAUCUCAAGUCUUGAUAACAACCUCGAUGGCACCACCAAGAGUCUCAAUUCAAUAACAGCAGUAGCUCAUCAAGCUAAGAGGGAGGUAGCCGAAGUGACACUAAAGGAGAGGCAAUGUUACUCGACAAUGCUUACAUUGGUGGAAGGGCAAAAACAAGUGAAGGCACAAAUCCGAGAUUUACACAUCUCUCUAGACAAGAGGAGCCAAGAUAUUCAAAGAAGAGCUAGAGGGCUUGAAGACAAAGUAGAUGGAGUCUCCAAGGAAGUCAAGGAUUUAACCACUCGCUUAGCCAACUUGGAAGAGAAGGUCUUGACCGAGACAAAGACGACCGUUCCUAAGCAAAACUAUGCCGCGCCCGUCUUUACUAUAAGAGAGACCGACCCAAGAGUGAUUUGGGAUGAAGAAGAAAGUAGAGCUGAUCAAGAAAGAGCCACAAGCUAA